UUCUGGUGGCUGCAGAGCUCUGCCCUGUGCCCGAGCGCUGGCAGCCCGCUGCUUCCGGGGAGGGGGACGGACGCGCUGGGCGCGAGUACGCAGAGCGGCUGCUCACAAACUGAAACUCCUCUUUGUGUCCUGCAGAUCCUCCCUGGUCUUUACCUUGGAAACUUCAUUGAUGCCAAAGACCUGGAGCAGCUCAGCCGGAACAAGAUCACCCACAUUGUUUCAAUCCAUGAAUCUCCACAGCCUUUGCUGCAGGAAAUCACCUACCUCCGUAUCCCUCUGGCAGACACACCUGAGGCCAACAUCAAGAAGCACUUCAAAGAAUGCAUCAGUUUUAUCCACCAGUGUCGCCUGCAUGGAGGGAACUGCCUUGUCCACUGUCUCGCAGGGAUCUCCCGGAGCACUACUAUCGUGGCUGCCUACGUUAUGGCCGUGACAGAGCUGAGCUGCCAGGAGGUGCUCGAGGCCAUCAAAACGGUUCGACCCAUUGCCAACCCCAACCCUGGCUUCAGACAGCAGCUGGAUGAGUUUGGCCACGGUGCAGCCCGGAAGGUCCGUAGGCAGCUGAAGCAGAGGUAUGGGGCAAUCCCUUUCAACGAUGAGGAAGAAAUAAAGGCCCUGCUGCCUGCAGAGAGAGGAGGACCGUCCAGAACCGAGGGAGCUCUGCAGGGACUGAUGCCAAGAGCCAGAGACAUCAAGAGCACAGUUCCCUUUCUGCUGCGGGUGAAGAGGACAUUCUCCUGCAUCCCUGCUUGUCUGAAGUGAUCCCAGCUGAGGGCAGAAGGGAGUAGCAAGAAUCGCCUAACAGCCUGGUAAAGACUAAGGAGCAGCAACACUACUGGUCAGGAGGGGACGUGCCAUCCAGGAGAGCCACAGCAAGCCCACAAGCCGGGAACUCAAGUCUUCAGCCCACUUCUUCUUUCUUUGUGGGUUCGAUCAUGUCAUCUUCUGCCCUGGCUUUCAUCCCUCACAGGAGGGAUUCAUUUAUGCUGCUGUGCUCUGCAGACCACUAUAGGAUUAAUCAGCUGGUGGUGUCAUAUUUAGGGGACUGGCAAAAGGGCAGAGGGCGGUGUGCUGGGUUACUGCGGGCUCUCGCUCUGGGCAGUGCAACAGAUGGGGCUUUUCCUGCCAUGGUAUCGGCACCCAGAUUGCUGCUGAAGCGGCUGGUAGCAGUUCAGUACCUGCUGCACAGGCUGCAGGAGGUACACGCCAUGGUACAGCUCGCUCUCGCCUUAGACGGUACAAUUUUUCCAGUGGCAGCAGGUUUCCAGAGCUGAGGUGAGCGGGGACACACAGGUGCAUUACCCAUUAACUCUGCUGUGCUGGCUCCCACCACGCACAGGUCCAGCCCAGGCCAACCAAGCGCAAGCCCCGAGCAAGCUCAGUAGCUUUAGGAGUUGGUUGCAUCCCAUUCCCCCUGACCCCAGGGCAGAAUCUUUAAAAGGCAGGAAAUAAAUGUUUAACCUGGCCAGACCCCACUAAAGCAGAGCCUUAAACCAUUUUGCUUGAAGACUUUCUAGGUCCCCCUUUGUUAAUAAACAUCUCUCUGCAGCGUGA